AAUAAAGAAAGUUAAAUUAUCAAUCGAGAAAUAGAAAAAAGAAAGUGUCAAGAAGCUGUGCUCGCCAGCCAAAGGACGACUUGAAACGAUGGGGAGUUGACUUUACUUUGGGAUGCCCGAUUUACAGUUCUUAUCGUCAGAAUUGCUGCUGCAGUAGCAUGCCAACUGAAGAAGAUGGCCUCCUCCUCCUCAAAAAGUGGCAAGUACGACGUGUUCUUGAGCUUCCGAGGCGACACGCGCAGGAACUUGACGGACUACCUCGCCCUCACAUUGGAAAAAGAGGGAUUCCACGUCUUUCUCGACGAGAACACCUUGACCAGAGGCGACCCUAUAACACCAGCACUGCAGCAAGCAAUCAAAGACUCUAGGCUUGCUGCUAUCAUCUUCUCAAGGGGGUAUGCUGAGUCGAGAUGGUGUCUUGAGGAGCUGGUGGAGAUCUUGGCCUGCAAAGAAACAAUGGGGCUAAUGGUUUUGCCAAUUUUCUAUGAUAUCGAUCCUACCCAUGUCAGGCAUCAGACAAGUGAUUUUGAGGAAGCAUUUCUGAGACUUCAACAGCGCUUCCCUGACAAGGUGCAGAUCUGGAAAGAUGCUCUUAAAGCAGCUGCAGAGUUGGCCGGCGAGGGUUUUAGUGAAACUACUGGGUAUGAAGGAAGGUUUAUCCAGCAAAUUGUUGACGAGAUCGCUAGAAAACUGAAGAACACAUGCUUGACCGUAGCCCCAAACCCAGUUGGAAUAGAUUCUCGGGUGCAAGAAAUUGUUAAGUAUUUGAAUGAUGGAGGAUCAGAUGAUGUCCGCAUAAUUGGAAUUUGGGGUAUGGGCGGACUGGGUAAAACGACGGUUGCCAAAGACAUUUUCAACAAAUAUCCGGCCAUUUUCAACAAAUAUCCGGAUAAGUUUGCAGGGAAAAGUUUUCUUGCUAAUGUGAGAGAAGAGAAACUGGUUGAUGUGCAAAACAUACUUCUUUAUGAUGUGUUGAGAUCGAGAAACAUAAAGGUUAGUAGAGUUGAUGAAGGUACCGAGGAUAUAAAAAGAAGACUUGGCAAACUGAGGGUACUUGUCAUAGUUGAUGGUGUAGACAGCGUGAAACAGUUAGAAGCAUUAGCUAUAAAACGCGACUCAUUUGGCCCAGGUAGUAGAAUUAUUAUAACCACAAGAGAUAAACAUUUGCUAGAGAUACUAAAAGCGGAUAGGAUAUGUCAUCUACCAGCAAUGAAUGAAAAAGAAGCUCUUGAGCUCCUUAGUAGGCGUGCCUUUAAUAUGAAUUAUCCUAUGGAAGGGUAUUUUGAACUCGCAAGAGAAGUUGUUGAUUACUGUGGAGGUUUGCCACUAGCACUUGAAUAUUUAGGUUCUUAUCUAUUGGGAAAAACCAUAAGUCAAUGGAAUAGUGCAUUGGGUAGAUGGAAAAGAUCACGACUUGAUUCGGAAAUUCAUAAAAAUUUGAAGAUAAGCUAUGAUGGGCUAACUAAUGACGAUUUGAGGGCUAUAUUCCUUGAUAUAUCGUGUUUUUUUACUGGAAUGAACAAGGAUUAUGUCAUGAAAAUACUGCAUCAAUCCGAUACAAAAUUAGAAAUUGAAGAACUCCAUGAUCAAUGCCUUAUAACUGUUGAUAAAGAGGGCAAUCUGAUGAUGCAUGGCUUGAUUCGAGACACUGGCAGAGAAAUCGUACGUGCGAAAUCCCCUAACAACCUUCAAAAACGUUGCAGAUUGUGGGAUCAUGAAGAUGUGAAAUGCGUACUGAGGACCGAGAGGACCAAAUCUGGAAGGGGAGAAAUUGAGGGACUCGCUUUAGAUUUGUCAGAACGUCAGAAGCCCAGCUUCAGUAUAAAAGCAUUUAGCGAGAUGGACGGAUUGAGAUUACUCAAACUCAAAGGCGUACAGUUCCCUGGAGACUGCAAAGACCUUUCCAUACACCUUUCCAAAGGGUUAAGAUGGUUGUGUUGGCCUGAGUUUCCUAUGACUGGCAUACCCAGUGAUUUUAAUCAAACAAACCUAGUUGACAUCGACCUGAGUCAUAGCAACAUAAAAGUUUGGGAGGACUCCGACGUGUCACUUGAGAAGUUGAAGUUUCUUAAUCUCAGUUACUGCAAUGACCUGACUAAAUUACCCGACUUCUCGAAUAUCCCAAAUCUUGAGAGAUUGAUACUCAAAGGUUGCAAAAAGCUUGAGGAAAUUCCAGCUUUACCAACAAAUUUGGAAAUCCUGGAAGCGGAUGAGUGCAUUGCAUUGGAGAAAAUGCCCGACUUUUCAGAAAUGUCAAGGAUGAGAGAAUUGCAUCUGAAUCACUCCCCCAAACUCUCUGAAAUUCUAGGCUUGGAUAAGGCAUUAAACUCCAUGACAAGUAUUCAUAUGGAAGGUUGCACCAAUCUCACUGCUUCUUUUAAAGAAGCAAUCCUAAAGGGAUGGACUUCUUGCGGAUAUGGUGGCAUUUUCCUCAAUGGAAGUUGUAUUCCUGAGUGGUUCAAGUAUGUCGGGGAUGACAGGGAUGAUGAAGUCUGUUUUGAAGUGCCUCAAAGGGUUGGUAGUAAUUUUAAAUGGUUGACUCUGUGCUGUGUAUACUCUGCAAACAAACAACCUGAGGAUUGGCCGCUUGUCAUUUCCGUUCAAAAUAAAACCAAGUGUACUGCUUUGCUCGCCCGGAUAACAUAUGCCUCAGUACCAACUUCCUGUGAUUCUGAAGACCAUUAUCUUUGGCAGGGGCAAUUAUCCAACGAUGUGCUCAGUUGGCAAGACGGGGAUGAAGUCAAGAUUUUUGUAGGGCCAGUUGGAUCAGGAGAUAAUUCUGCAAGAGUGAAGAAAAUAGCGGUUGAUCUUGUCUGGGACAAAUUUAUGAAGGAAAAUACGGAUGAUUCGCAUCCCGGUUUAUAUGAUUUAAGCCCGCAUCAGGAUUGGUUGUCGGGAGACAAGGAUGAGGCACGAACAAGCCAUGACGCAUCUGAUGAGAACCCACCUUCGAAACUAUUGAGGUCUGAUAGUGUUGGUGGUGGUGAUGAUGCGGCACGAACAAGCCAUGACGCAUCUGAUGAGAACCGAACUCCCAAAAGAGGAUUGUUUUCUAUUUUUUCGAAACUGCUUCCUUCGUGCGGUAAAAAAACCAGAUGAUUUGGAAAGCAAAAGUUCCUUAAGAAGCGAAUAUUGGGAUAGAUUUUGGCUCAUGGUAGAGUUAAUACUUGUGACAUUGCCGGAGGAGGAAGGUUAAUGAAAGGCUAUCUCUAUAUUGGUGCAUCGUGUGCAUAAUGGGUGGUGAAAGCAUAGAAUUCGGUUUCUCCAUUCCCCUGCCACCCUAAAGCUUUGGUACAAACUGUUUUUGGAAACUAUAAUGUGACGUGGGAAAAGAGGAGGAGGAAUAUGGAAUAGUUGUCUUAUGACCAUUGUACGAGUAAUACGAAUGUAACAAAACAAAAAGGAUCAUGAGAUAGAGUUUGCUUUGGGGCAUCGUCGUGGGCUUAAUUAUCCUCUUUACUUUGUGAUGUUUUAAGUUCAAUUCUUAUUAAAGGUGAAUUUGAACCA